AUGCCACGAAAGAUUCUUCGAAAUGUUGGUUAUGGAUGGCCAUUCUGUGGACCUUGUAUAGCGUGUGGAGGACAGACGUUGAUUACGAUAAGAACGGAUGUCGUGUUUCUCGAGCACGAAGAGUGGAAGCACUUCACUAACACGCCAACACGUGAGGAUGAAGAGCCAGAUAUGGCGCCCUCAACGCUGGUGCAAGCAAAGGACAUCGAAAGCAUGUAUAUUGAUGGGGAACCCUGGAUGUGGACGACGUUUUAUCGAGCAAUUAUCCAUAGACUGGAUAUUGAUCACCUCGGUAUAUCAGGUAUCACUCAGGGGUUUAUGGAGUUCAACCUAGCUCCAGUCCCACAAGUCCCUCGUGAUCCCCUGAAAGCUCGUAUUGGCGAUCCAUAUGACAAUCCAAUAGGCUAUCUUGUUCAUGCCCACUGCUGGCUACUAGUGGAUCGAGUUGUUGGAAUGGAAUUGGUGGAUACACACCUGGCAAUAUUUGUGAAAGCAGUAGCACGAUUCUGGGCUGAAAACAUUGAGAUUUGCUGGGUGCUACCGGUUGAUAACUGCAAUGACAAGAUAGAUCGGCAGAUAUGGGAGUUGGAACAUUAUGAGAAGACUGACGCACCCUCCUCAAUGUGGAAAAACCCAGCGAUUGUGCCAGAAAUCCAAAGCAUCAUUGAAAAGGCCACUCAAACUCGUUGCACUGACGACCGUUCACAACAUGUGCAGCCAUCUAUGGUCUCCCAAAUUCCGCUUGAGGUUGCUAUACAAAUAACUGAUAUGACCAAACGUGCUAGUAUUUCAGAUGCGCGGAAUUUGUUGACUGCUUUUGGAUGGAGGCUGCCUGACAGUUACUGGAAGAACUGUAGUAGGAUGGACUUGAUAUUUGAAUACAAUGAUCUUGACGAGAGUGACCACCCAGUGGAUUGGCAACUGCUUGGACUCGCGACUGAGGAAUUGCUAGGAGAUUCUGACUGGUACGAUAAAAGUGGCUUGAAAACUCGUCGUCGGGUAUUCCAACGUCUCGGACAGAUUAAAGCCAUCUUCCUAGAUUUGAUUAAAAAAGAUGAGACGGACCAUGUAUUCCGGAGACGAUUGUCUCGAAGGAAGAAUUUUGCUUAA